UGAAGCUAUGGUCAACCAACCUGGACAAUUCAGUAGCAAGCAUUGAGGCAAAGGCAAAUGUGUGUUGUGUAAAAUUCAGCCCCUCAUCCAGGUAUCAUCUUGCUUUUGGCUGUGCAGAUCACUGUGUCCACUACUAUGAUCUUCGGAACACUAAACAGCCCAUUAUGGUCUUCAAGGGACACCGCAAAGCUGUUUCAUAUGCAAAGUUUGUUAGCGGAGAAGAAAUAGUCUCUGCGUCAACAGAUAGCCAACUAAAGCUGUGGAAUGUAGGGAAGCCACAUUGUUUGCGUUCUUUUAAGGGUCACAUCAAUGAGAAGAAUUUUGUAGGCUUGGCAUCUAAUGGAGACUAUAUUGCCUGUGGAAGUGAAAAUAAUUCACUUUACCUGUACUAUAAAGGUCUCUCAAAGACACUGCUAACCUUCAAAUUUGACACUGUCAAAAGUGUCCUGGACAAAGACCGUAAGGAGGAUGACACAAAUGAAUUUGUCAGUGCUGUAUGCUGGAGGGCACUACCAGAUGGG